AUGGCUCCAGAAUAUAUAAUACAUGGACACUUCUCGGUCAAGUCAAAUGUCUUUAGUUUUGGCGUGUUGAUUUUGGAGAUUGUGAGUGGCCAGAAAAAUAGUUGUUUCCAUGAUGGCGAGAAUGUAGAGUAUCUUUCAAGCUAUGCAUGGAAAAAUUGGAUGGAGGGGACUGUGUCAAAUCUUAUAGAUCCCACAUUGAAGGACAGUUCAACGACAAAAAUAUGGAGACGCAUCCACAUUGGAUUACUUUGUCUUCAAGAAAGCGUGGGUGAUAGACCAACCAUGGCUUCUGUGAUUUCCAUGCUUACUAGUUACUCUCUCACUCUCCCUGUACCCUCCCAACCGGCAUUUUUUAUGCAUAGCACCAUUAAAGCAAGCUCGUCAUCACAACAGGAGUCUAGCUUGGGGGUAGUCCUAGCUGCAGCAAAUGAGGCUUCAAUUACCGAGCUAUUUCCUCGCUAG